AUGCAGACACUCAAGAUCUUGAUUCUCCCAGGUGACCAUGUUGGCCCCGAAAUCAUGGCCGAGGCCCUCAAGGUCCUCGAUGUCGUCGAGGCCAGCCGCCCGGAUAUCAAGUUCCAACGAGACGCAGACAUCGUAGGUGGCUGCAGCAUCGACAAGCACGGCAAGCCCAUCACGGAAGCCGUGCUUGAAAAGGCCGUCGCCAGCGAUGCCGUCCUCUUCGGCAGCAUCGGUGGCCCCGAGUGGGCGGGCGCUGACCCAACACCCGAGUCUGGCCUCCUGCAGCUGCGCCAUCGACUGGAUGCGUUCGCCAAUCUCCGACCAUGUGAGAUCCUCAUUCCAUCACUUGUCGACGCGUCGCCAAUCAAGCCCGAGCUGGUGGCUGGGACAAAGUUCAUCGUGGUGCGAGAGAACUGCGGCGGUGCCUACUUCGGCGAGAAGCAUGAGGAGACGGACAAAGGCUCUGACUUAUGGAUAUAUGAGCGGCGCGAGGUUGAAAGACUGGCCCGUGUAAGUGCUGCCGUUGCGCGAAUUCUGCACGCGAGCGCACCCAAGAGAGAGGUCGGUAGCAAGCCAGUCGUCUGGAGCGCCGACAAGGCCAAUGUGCUGGCGAGCGGACGUCUCUGGAGACGCGCGACCACAGACAUCUUCGAGCGAGAGAUUUCCGACGUGGAGCUGCGACACCAGCUUGCUGACAGCAUGGCCAUGCUGAUGGUCAAGGAGCCCAAGCGGUUCAACCACAGCGCCGUCCACACGGACAACACAUUUGGAGAUGUCCUCUCUGACAUCUCUGGCGGCAUCAUCGGCACGCUUGGCCUGAUUCCCAGCGCCAGUCUGGCCGGUGUGCCUGGCGAGGGCUCGUGCAAGGGUAUUUAUGAGCCGGUGCAUGGAAGUGCGCCAGAUAUUUCAGGGAAGGGACUUGCAAACCCUGUGGCGGAAAUUCUGAGUCUAGCCAUGAUGCUUCGCUACUCAUUUACCCUCGAGAAGGAAGCUGCCGCCGUGGAACAGGCCGUUGUAAAAGUAUUAGAUACGAAGGAAAACGGUGGCUUGGAGAUCAGAACUGGAGAUUUGGGUGGGAAGGCCAAGUGCAGCGAGGUCGGCGAUGCUGUGUGCGAGGUGCUUCGAGGUCUUUUGAAAGCUUAA